AUGAGUGUCAGAAAAGCUCCGUCAGCAAAGUAUACAGCUUUGACCGCCACUUGUGCAUCGACCGUUACUCAGAUGGUAGUUGUUCCAUGCGAGACAAUCAAAAUUCAACUACAGUUAUUUCAGAAGAUGAACGGAAAAGGCCAAAGUGCACUUAUGAGUAGUUUGCGUUUCAUUUAUCGGAAUGAAGUAUGGAAUUAGGAGGACACUUUGACCCAAUAGGGAUUCUUAGGUUUUUGGAGAGGCUAUUUCGUUUCAUUAUCGUGUAGUUUACCAUCAUGUGCUAUCUAUUACUCUGUUUUCGAAACUCUGCGAAAGUCUCUUUAUCGUGAAAGCGAAAAGCAUCCUGGCUUGCUGCCCUUUAUCCCCGCACUUGCUAGUAGCAUAGGUCAAACCGUAACUUGUUUGACAACCUCUCCCAUUGACCGUUUCCGAACUCAGUUUUGGGCAGACCGACACCAAAAAGUGUCUCGCCUGCUAAAAUUAACAAUCAAUCAAGCCAAAUCCGAGGGCUUACCGAGCCUGUACCACGGCUUGAAGCCCC